AUGGAGGGACUUUCACUCGGACAACUAUUUUCGCGCUCACAAGCAACACUUAAUUCUCUUGAUGAGACUCGACUUGCAAGUGUAGAUCCUGCUUACCAACAGCUGGUCAUGGAGGCCAUUGAACAACUUCAACAAGCAGAUGCACUUGUGACGCGACUUGCUAUUUUCAGUAGCAAUGAGUUUCUUGAUGACAUUAAUGCCAAUGACCUCAGAUUUCUACUCAUUCCGGCUUACCUGGGUGAAUUGAUUCUCAAGCAAACCAAUGGUGAACGUCGCAAAAUACUUAUUGAUGCAAAGGAAGCUUUCCAUCGCUUCUUGUCGACAUGCCAAGAGCAUCAGUUGAUCCAAAAACAAGACCUUGCUGACCUUGAAGCCAGCUUGGAAGACAAGCAACGAGCCAUUCCUGCUGCUCAACAACGCAACGAAAAAAUUGCCCGCUACCGACGGGAAAAGGCUGCACGAGAAAAGCUUGUCCAGUUACGAGAUCGUCUACUUUUGAGUGAAUCACGCCAGACAAAGGAUGCCGAAGAAGACGAUGACGAUGUCGAGAGAGAGAUCGUGAUUGCAUUGAUUGACAUUCACAUUCUCAAAUCGCUCGAACAUCUGCACGCGAUUCAGCAGGAGAUGAUGAUGGUAAAGGAAAUGGAAGCCAUGCAAGAUAUCCGAAUGCAAAAGCCCGGACAAUCCACGACAGAAGACGAUCGUGUGCCAACAGGUCUCAACAGUGCCUGGGGUCGGGACAAACCACUUCUGAGCAAGGAAGGCAGACCUUUACAACCAUUUGUAAUUACAAACAAGAGACAGCAAUUGACAGAUCAGGUUUUCCGCCCGGGACACAAUCUUCCUACAAUGACAAUCGAUGAGUAUCUUCAGCAAGAAAUGGAGCAAGGCAAUAUUAUCAGUGGAGGUGGUAAAGAACCAGAAAAGCAGGAAGUUGAUGAUGAAAACGAGGAUGCCGUUGAUGCAGAAACCAUCAAGCAACGCAACUGGGACGAAUUUAAAGAGGCUAAUCCAAAAGGAUGGGGAAACCGAGGCAACAAAGGUUAA